AUGGAAGGAUAUAUUGAUGAUCCUGAAGGAACACCUUCCUUCAGCGAUGCGAACAAUCCUGACGUACUUCUUCUUUUGUCGAAGGACUUCUUAGAGGCUCAUGCUGCCCUUAUUCAGUAUGUAGAAGUGAACAUACUGUCAGCUCCGGAGAUAAGUCAGAUAACAGACUCUGAGCUUGAAUAUAUUGCUUUAGUCCAUUUCGGAGACAACAGUGAGUUUGAUUAUAUAGGAGAUAUGUUGGAUCCACCCGAGACAGAUAAGCAAGAUCAUCGUGCAGAGAACAUUCUCAAUGAAACCGAAGAAAUGCUUCUUGCAGCAACACAAGACAGUUUUUCACAAGCACCUUCACCCACCUGUUUCAUUAGUGAGACAUUGUCCAGUAGCCUUAUUCAGUACCCCGAAGUACAAGCAAGGGGAUCUGAAGCCGGAGAAAGUACUGCUAGUACUACGCAAGCAGAACUCCACUCUCCACAGCAGGCGCAACAAAUACUUGCAACUCGUACCAUAAGUGGAGUACACAGAUCGCAAGGAUCUUGCAGGGAUCCAAGUAGUCCACAAACCACAACUUCUUUAGACACUUUUGCAACAACUUCUGGCAACUCAAGGGGUCCACGAGCAUCUUCACGUACUCAAAGAUCUCAAAUAAGUAUGGAUCCUAAUUUCAAACCAAGAAGAAGUCCAAGAAUUGCAUCAAGAGCUACUGUGGACCAAGGAGGACAUGAAGGUGCUUUUGCUCGGUUUGGAGAACCAUCUGGUCCACACACAUCAGUAUCUCUGCAAAGAAGACCUGCACAAAAAGGAUUGAAGCCUCUUCCUGCUAGUAUGCAAUGGAAAGAAGACAUAUACGAGCUAGCAUGGGAGGGUACGAUCUUCGCCAAGAAUCAAGAACGGCUUGUUCUAGUCAGUAAGGCAAAGGCGCACAAGAUGAAGUCUGCACCAGAGAGCCUUACUACUGGUUGGCCACGACUGCUGAAGAUGGGUAAUGUUAUACCAGAAGCCACUUUUGGCAGGUCAUAUGAAAGACAAGCCCAUGAUUUGAUCUUUGAGAUUACGGGUGACGAGAAAAUAUAUGACCUACUAAAUAAGAACGAGCUGUGUAUAAGGUUCAUCCUGCCUACUCAGUCACUGAUAAUUACCCCUGCUGAACACAACCACUUCACUGGGAGAGUGUAUGCAGGGGAAGGACCUCUAGUGGAGCAACAUCUGGUUGAACAAUACAAUCAACAAAGGGAUCAGCAGCACCAAUAUGCCACAACUGGUACAAGACUGCGCAAUGAGCAAGUCAUUGUACUGGAUGACUAG